AUUGGGUCGCGCCUGCUGCAGAGAGAGAGAGUAAGAGAGAGAGAAGAAGGGAAUGCAGUCUACACACUUCAUCUAAAGUCUAAAUUUGCAGCUUGUUGGCGUUUAUUAACAUUUUUCUUUUGUAAUUUGAACGUGGUAUUUGAAAGGAUGAACGCGUUAACAGGAAAGAUUUUGCUCAUUCAGAACACACGGGCGUUGAUCCAGGCUGUAUCUCUGAUUCGUGCACCUUUAUUAAAGCAGCAAGUGCCAUUAGGUUUCUUGUUGACUGACAGACAGUACAGAUCCAUGCCUACACACGGAAUUGGUCGUUACAAGUAUCUGCUUCCUAAAGAGCAGCCAAAGAAGAAGAAGGAAAAAGUUCAGGUGAAGCAGAUCAAGACCGCCACUGGUACUCAGUACGGGGUUCUCAACGUGUCAGUAUCUGGCUAUGACAUGACCCUGGUAGAACAUUACUCCCAGUACAUCCAUAACCUCUGCAAUCGCCUCGAUAUCAAAGUAGAUGAAAGCUAUGCAUUGCCAACUAAGAGCACAGAGGUCAUGGUCAUGCCAGACCAAGGCACAAAGAUGUAUGUGGAUGUAGUCCUCAAAACUCACGAGAGGGUCGUUCAGAUAAGUCAAAUGAAGGCAGCACUUGCUCCUAUAUUUAUGGAAGUCCUUCUGAAAAACCAACCAGAGGGAGUCGAGCUCUCCAUAAAGGAGCACACUGAGGCAGAUUACCAGACCCGGUUUAAGGCACGACCAGAACUGGAGGGCCUACUAGCACAAAUUGGUUAAAGUUCUUAAAAAAAUGAGUGGAUGCUGUUAUAUUUUUUUCUUUUUCAUGCCCCAUAAGGAAAAAUGUAUAUCGUCGAUGUCCAAUAAAAACCAUGUAGCUCCA